GAUGAAAACCCAUGUGGCUAAUAACUGAUUAUGUAUGCUAUCAUGUCUUCUCCAAAGUAUGGGAGACUGCUGAGGGACCAUGCUCGUACACACAACGACACACUGGAGUACUCUGAGCCUCAGCUAGUGAAUGGAGGAAUGGCCCCCCCUCCUUGUAGAGGUCUCCCUGGAACCGUGUGCUACAUGGUCAUUGUCUCUGUCAAUCAUCUAGACUUCUUUGGAUUUGGGCCUUCUGCUGCUCUGGCACAACAUUACGCUGAGAAGGAUGCAUAUACUUCUAUCAGUGCAAUGGAGACUAAUGGUGUGCAGUUACCGGCCCUAGUGGAUAGUGAUGGAAGUCUGUGCGUAUCGAAUACUGAUAGUGUAAAUGGGAGUGUUUCCUCAGCCCUGAAUAAUGGAAGCGAAUUGAUAAACGGUGUUGAAGAUGGCUACCCUGAAUGUAUGCCAGAUGCUGUUUCUACUGGUGAAGCAUAUUGUGCCAUACCUUACGAGUCUGCUAGUGAGCAACCAAUUUCAAAGGAUAUAUGUAAAGUCCCACAUACAGUUGAAGAAUUGAAUGCUGUAUUAGAAACGCCACCACCCUUUCGUCGAGCUCCUGAUACAAUCACCUGUGAAUAUAGAAACAAAAAUAUUGUAGACGCUCUUUUUGAUGCUGCAAGGAAAAGAGGAAUUUAUGACAUAAACUUCAGCUUCAAAGUCAUUGGAUCCAAGAAUUCUAAGCAGGUGGUUGUUCGAGCGUUUGGUGGUGGUUUUUCCUUUGAAGGAAGACAUUUCCAAGAAUAUUUGGCAAAAUGUGAGGCGGCUGCAAAACUAUUGGAGACUCUCAGCCAACUACCAGAAUUGAACUGUUGUCCACCGCCAUCUUCUCACCUUGCAAGACCUCUAGACUUACCCAUCUCUCAAGACCAAAAUGGCGUGGAGGAUUCGUUUGUCCAAAAAGAAGCAGCUAAGAUUGUCACUCCAAAUAGACCACUUCUACCUGUACCGCCAAGUCCAGUCACUUCAGUGACAUCUUGUGCCAGUGAUAAGCAGAACCUUCUGAUAGUUUCGAACCCAAUUGGACAAUUGAACGAUCUGCUCGCUAAAGAGCGUUUGGCUGAUGCUAAGUACACCUUCACAUCUUGUCCUGUUGGGAAAAAUUCUCAUGAGUUUUCUUGCAUAGUAUCUGCCAGAGGAUUGUCAAGUAAAGGUGUUGGUCUCUCAAAGAAGCAGGCCAAGCGCUGUGCUGCUGAGAACCUCCUCUCUGAAAUGAAGUCACAAGGAAUGAACGUUGACCCCGACAAAAGUCCCACAUCUUCUAUGAAGAAUAAGGCAUCUCCUGGUGUCCCUCUAGCUGGUGGCCAUCGCAAUGAGCAGCCUAGUCGACAUGUAUCCUUGUUACAGCCGAGAGAUCUCUAUUUCAACAAACCAUCAUUUCAAUCGACACCACGUCCUCCACAUUCUGCUCCACGUCCACCAAGAGACAUACCACUACCGCCAGCGUUGCCCUUUGGACCCUUGCCGCCUCCGUUGCCCUUUGGACCCCCGCCGCCUCCGUUGCCCUUUGGACCCCCGCCUAGAUAUCUGAGAUCACCCCGACGUCGUGACUUUCCGAUUCCACCUAUUCUACCGCCGAUGCAAGCUCACUUACGACCCCCACUUUUAUCACACCAUCACCCACUCCCUCCACAACUCUCACACCAUCACUUACGUCCUACAAUCUCUCCACACACUCGUAGGGUCCCUCGGCAAAGAGGACACCAAAUCUUUUCGAGCGACAGUGAAAGUGACUCCGACUGUGGACGAAUCUCAUCGGGGCUGAAAGAAAUCAUUCCAGCAUCUUGUUCCAGCAAUAACGAGAGCUCCCUUGUUCCCACAAAUACGCUUGACAACAAAUCUGAAGAUGGGACCACCUCCUAUUGUAGGCCCGAGCAAAUUGCAUAUAAGCAUCAACGCAUUCCCAUGCCUGGUGUAAGAAUUGGCACGCAGCAUAUAGAGUCUCAUACCAAUACAGAGGUCAUAAACUCCAGUAGACCUAAAGAAGAGUUUCGAAUUGAACAAUUGCAUACUCCGGGAAGCUCAUCAGAUCCGCUGCAGUUUUAUACGAGGCUACCCCAGAAGAGAGCAACUCCUUGGUCAUCUGUUAACCGUCCUCUCGGCGGUAGUAAAGACAAGUUGGUUUUCACACGACUAAGACAGAAGGAGCUAAGAUCAAACAAUACAUUCACGCCGAAGUGGCGUCCCCAGAGAAAAGCCGAACCGUGGGUACUUCCUGAGAGUGAGAUGUGGGACGUGAUUAGCCCAAGUACUGCCGAGGAGACCGUCCAACCUACAGCUGUGUCAAAAACUGUGGUUGAUUCGAGUAACGAACAAAUGGCUGAAAUUACCAAUUGUAAGAAAGUUGAAGUGAACAGUAAUCCAGUGUGCGAGAACAAAUCCCACUCGACCAAAAAUGAACAUAAAUUAGAUAAAGUUCCUAAAAAUAUAACUCGUACUGCAUGUGUCGAAUCAGUGUCUACAGGAAGCCAAGAGGGUGGUGGUAUCGCACACAAGAAGGUUUUGGCCUCCCCUCAGGCUCCGCUGCCUGUCCACCCCCUCUUGGCAUCCUAUAGCAUAACAAAGUCACCAAACUACACAUCCUCUCGUAGCUACAACUCCACACCUGUAACAUCCACCACUAAAGAUAGUAAUAACAACUUAAUCGGUCUAUCCAGCCCUACUAGAAGUAGCCCCACUUCAAUCAAGUCUCGCAAUGAAGCACGCAAUAAAAGACAGACAGAUAAGUCUCCUUGUUUGGAUAUGUUUAGUAUCGUUGGCUCCCUGUCUGUGACCACUGACUCUAGUGUAAUGCUACCUUCCGAAGGGUCUAUUGAAAACAUGGCAGUCUCUCUUUAUUAACAUAAUAUUAACUAAAAUAGUAUAAGUACCCAAAUUUUAGUGUUGCUCUAGACUAUUCAAUUGUAUGAGCUUCUUUGGUUCGGCAUAUAUAGCAUAUUUAUUAUGCCUGCAUCUUUUCUAGCUUAUCUUCUUGAUUUGUGCUUACACCAUAAUUAUGUCAUUGACUGACUGUUAUGGCAUUUGAUACGAAAAUGUACACUCAUUGAUUUAAUUAUUGACUGUCUAUAAUUACAGUAUUGUACGUAUAAUUCGCUUUUCAAUGAAGACUUUCCAGUA